AUGGCUACCAAUACAGCUCCGCCGCCGCCUGAGUUGUUAGAUUUGGACAACCUACGAGCCAUAAAAUUACUGGGUAAAGGUGCUAUGGGCACAGUGUUCCUCGUCCAUCACAAGUCAAAUGACCCCUUUGCCCGCAGCCCCUUCGCCCUCAAGGUGGUGGAGAAAUCCUCUCUCCGCCACACCGACCGCCGCGCCCGCCACGAAAUCUCGGUCCUCAGCCGCCUCCACAAACACCCUUUUCUUCCGUACCUUAUUGGAUCGUUUGAAAAUCAUGAAAUCAUUUGCUGGGCCAUCCCGUUUUGCCCCGGCGGUGACCUCAACGUGCUACGGUACAGCCAAAACGACCGCGUUUUCUCGCCGGCAGUCAUCCGCUUUUAUUUAGCGGAAAUCGUUUGUGCUUUGGAACACCUCCAUGGACAAGGCAUUGUUUACCGGGACUUGAAGCCGGAAAACAUCCUCGUACAACAAUCCGGCCACGUGACGUUAACGGAUUUCGACCUGUCAAGGAACCUAGCCCCAAGAAAACCAGACAAUCUGGAAUACUACUCCUCUCCGGAGGAAAAAUCGCUGGCGAAUUUAAGGUACACUCAUCUCACAGGAAAAUUCACGCGCUUCAUUAUUUCGAAAGCAGGAAAGCGUGCAUUCAACAAUAACAAGAUAGGGUUGAAGAAGGUGAAAAGUGCCCGUGUGUCGCCGGUUAGCCGGAGCAACCCAGAUGAUUUUCCGUCGAAUGAGAGGUCGUAUUCAUUUGUGGGCACGGAGGAAUACGUCGCGCCGGAGAUUAUACGCGGCGACGGCCAUGAAUUUUCCGUCGAUUGGUGGGCACUUGGUGUGCUUAGCUACGAAAUGUUAUAUGGAACGACACCAUUUAAAGGGAAGAACAGAAAAGAAACAUUUCAGAAAAUAUUAUUGGGCCGACCAGAAUUCUUCGGCAAGCCCAAUCUAUUAACGGACUUGAUUAGAAAGUUGUUAGAAAAAGACGCCACGCGCCGCCUUGGGUAUCGUGGAGGGGCAUGUGAGAUUAAGGAACACGAGUUCUUUCGCGGGUUGAAAUGGAAUUUGUUGACGGAAGUCGUACGACCACCAUUUUUGCCGUUAAGAGACGAGACAAGUUUAACACACGAGCUAGUUCAACGUGAAAGUGGAAUUGAUUUCAUAGAGUACUUUCACAAGUUAAAGCUCCCGCCUCCACCCCUAUGGUCUCCAUCACUUGACGAGUGUCAACAUAACGUUUCUUUAACGGAAUUCUAA